GAUAGAAAUUUGUAGAAGCUUCCAGCUUGUGGGAAAAGAACUAUAGCUUUGGAGCUUAUAAAGGAAAGGGAAUGGAUGCUAGGCUUCUAGAGGCAAUUAGGACAAAUGAAACGCCCAAAUUAAUCAGUUUGUUUAAAGCAGAUGAAGGAAUUCUUGAGCAGAGAACAGCUGACUCCAAGGACACAGCCUUACACCUCGCUUCUAAGUUUGGACAUGCUGACAUGGUGUCCGAAAUCAUUAAGUUGUGCCCUGACUUGAUUGCUGCUGAGAACAAGAUGCUGGAGACUCCGAUACAUGAAGUUUGUCGCCAAGGGUCUGCCAAGGUCUUGAAGCUGCUAUUAGGGGUCAACCCGAGAGCUGCUUGUAAGCUUAACUGUGAAAACAAGACUGCAUUUUUCAUGGCUUGCAGCCAUGGCCAUUUUGACGUGGUGAAUCUCCUCUUAAACCAACUUAGAAUUAUGGGUUCAGAGGAAAAUCUGCUUGACCGAACUUGCAUCCAUGUGGCUGCAUCGAGAGGACAUAUGGAUAUUGUCAGAGAGAUACUAAAUGCGUAUCCGAACUUUGCUCAAGAGAUUGACGAGAAUGGAAACUCGCCAUUGCACUAUUCUUGUAUCCACGGACACAGGGAGAUAACCUGGAUGCUUUUGAGGCGUGACAAACAUCUUGCUCUGCAAUAUAACAUCAAUGGUUACACGCCACCGCAUAUGGCAUCAAUGAACGGUAAAGUUUCAGUCCUGGAAGAACUUGUGCUGAUGGCUCCAGAAUCUUUGCACUGUGCUACGAAUGAGGGAGAGACGGUCUUUCACCUGGCUGUGAGAUAUGGCCAGUACCAUGCUCUUGCGUACAUGGCUCAUGCUUGCAAUGCUACAAAUCUCAUAAAUCAUCAGGAUCAAUAUGGUAACACCAUUUUACAUCUUGCAGUUUCUGGUGGGAGACAUCAGAUAGCAGAGUACUUGAUCAACAAAACAGAAGUGCAGAUUAAUGUUAGGAACAGUAAAGGAUUCACCGCACUUGACAUCCUCAACCAGGCCAAGGAUGGUACCGAGAAUCGACAUCUUGAAGCCAUGUUUGUUAAAGCCGGUGGUAGAAGAAGUAUCGAACUGUUGUCUCCUUCACCGGAAGCAGAAAAAACCAACGUUCGCAUUGGCAAUGAAUUGGAAAUGUCCAUUAUGAAUGAAAUGGUUCCUUAUGAAAGCAAGAGCUCGCCCCCAUUCAGCCAGGGAACCAGCUCUAGAGCUUCAUCACCACAGUAUCAAGCAGGGGUGACAUUUGACCAUGAAACAUACAAACGAGAGUCCUUAUUCCCAACUAACAUGCGACAACACAAGCAAAAAAGGCACCAUGAAAAUGUAGGGGAGCGUCACACAAGUUACAGACAUAAGCAGCAUGCAAUAUACAUGGAAGCAUUGCAAAAUGCUAGGAACACUAUCAUACUAGUUGCUAUUUUGAUCGCAACAGUUACUUUUGCUGCUGGAAUUAACCCUCCUGGCGGUUCGUAUCAGCAAGGAGAAAUGAAAGGGAAGUCGAUGUUAGGGGGAACAUUAGCGUUCAAGGUGUUUGAGAUAAGCAACAACAUUGCAUUGUUCACCUCCCUCUCCAUAGUAAUUGUUCUCGUCAGCAUCAUCCCCUUCCGGAGAAAGCCACUGAUGAUACUACUGAUGGUGGCUCACAAGGUCAUGUGGGUAGCUGUGGCAUUCAUGGCAACAAGUUAUGUUGCAGCCACAUGGGUGGUAAUGCCAAAAAACCAGGGGACAAAAUGGGUGUUCGUCACGCUUCUAGCAGUUAGCGGUGGCACCCUGGGAGUGGUGUUUAUUGUUCUGGGUGUGACUCUGGUUGAGCACUGGCUGCGGAAAAUGAAGUGGAAGAAACAAAAAAAGGAUAGAGGGCAGGGAGUUGCAGAUCCUGACUUGGAAAGUCAGAACUCAGAUGUUGAGAGUUCAUACCUACAAGGAUAUCACUCCUACUGAAAGUCAGAACCCAACCUUAUUUUGCCGUUGGGCCGAAUUUGUCAGGCAGCCCAUUAUACACCCAUUUGUUUAGUCACC